AUGCCCACAAUGACACGCAUGCAUCGGCACUCGAGCUCGAAUUUGGUUGGCGGCGGACACGCGGCGGAGCAGCGCGGACGUCGGCGCAAUGCCAGCGAUGCUGCGAAUAAGGAAAACUUUGGCGUGCACUUCAUGAGCAGCCCCUUUGGCAACAGCAGUCUGAUUGCGCUGCAGGACUUGAGCAAUGUGCAGAGCAAGAGUCCGCAGCGUCGCAGCUUUAGCGAGGGCAGUGGACCGCGACAGGCGACGCCGCAGUUGGCAGCGCUGCGCUGCAGCAAUCACAAUGUGGCAACAGCAGCAGCAGUGGCGACUACAGUGGCAACAGCUGGGGCAGUUGGUGGGCUGGAGGACUCGCAGCUGUCGUCGGCGCGCAUGGGCGACACCACCUUGGAUCGCAUGCUGGACGCCAUUAUUGAAUCCGCUCGCAAGGAGUCGCGUUGCAAGCAUGUGGCAGCGGCACUGAGCACGCUGGGCGACGCUGGUGAGUGGAGCGAGAGCAGCGUGCAUGAGAUGGAAGUGCGCACGCCGACGCAUCUGAAGCGACAGCGCGUGGUGCGGCGCAAGAAUCAGCAAAAGACAAAAGAAUCAACCAAGGCAGCAGCAGCAACGUCGGCUGUUCCAAGUGCUGCAACGGAGCUGGAGCAUGUGCCCAGCAUUAAGCGCUGCCUUAGCUUUAGCUCCAGCAGCAGCUGCUCUAGCGGCGGCUCUAGCUGCGAGCAGGAGGAUGAGCAGCAGCUCAACAAGCGCAAUCAAUCUGUGGCGCCAGCAGCUGCAGCAGCCUUAGCCACGCUGCAGAGUGUGGCACGUGGCAGCAUUGAGCUGAGCAUCGCCUACAGUGAGCAGCAGCAACAGUUAAAUGUACACGUUGUGCGCUGUCGCGAUCUGCAGCGCUCACACGGCGGCAGCACUGCCGGCAGCAGCAUCAAUGCCUAUGUCAAGCUCUCGCUUGCCGGCAGCUCGAGCCGCUAUCAACGCACCGCCGUCCAUCGUCACUCGAGUCGUCCGUACUUUGAUGAGCACUUUAGCUUCCAAGUGGCGUCGCCUUCGUCGUCGUUGUCGUCGUCGUCGUCGCAGCAACUGCAGCUGGCUGUUUGGCAUCGGGAUCGUCAUUUAAAACGCAGUGAAUUUUUGGGCUGCAGCGUUUUUCCCUUGAGCGACUUGCAACAAACGCAACAACAACAACAACAAAAACAAGCAGCACGCAUUGUUUGCUACAAGCUGCAGUCACAGGAAUGUCUACAGAGCUAUCGCUAUAGCACAGCAGAUAAUUCAUCAAGCCAAGCCACGCCCACGCCCACGCCAACGCCCACAUACAGCCGUCCAGCCGAUCAGUCAGCGCCAGAGAGCUUCGAGAUGAGCAAGUCAGCGACAAAUGGCAGCGCCACAGCUGUGAUGAGCGAUGAGCUCAUCAGCAUCAGCAUCGACAGCAUGACCACCAAGGAGGACUUAAGCCAGCAGUGCCUGCCAGCAGCAGCCAUGCAGCAGCCAAUGGUGCUGAGCAAGAAGGCGCUGCAUCAACGCGAUGCCGAUGAAAAUCUCUUCUUGCGUUUCCUCGAGCUGGAUCCGCCCGCCGAUGGCAAUGCAAAUAGCACAGCGACCAGCACAGCGACGAGCACAACGGCAACGGUGACAACGGCCAGCAUAGCAACCAUGGCCAUGGCCAAUGCAAGCAAUGCCAAUCAUAUGAAUGGCAGCAGCAGCAGCAGCGGCGGCGGCGGCGGCGGCGGACGUCGCUGCUCAACGCUGGCUGCAGCUCUGGGCGGCGGUGGCGGAAGCGGCAGGCAGGCGAGCGGACGCACGCCGUUUACGAUGACGAAGCGUCUGACGCGCACCGAGGAGCGCGGCUUUGGCUUUAGCAUUGUGUGGACGCAUCCGCCGCGUGUGGAAAAGGUGGAGGCAUCGCUCUCAGCGGAUCGCUGUGGCAUCCUGCCCGGCGACUAUGUCAUCUUUGUGGACAAGCAUAAUGUGGUGACAAUGCCCGAGGCUGAUGUUCUGAAUUUGAUACGAUCGCAGGGCUCGACCUUGACGUUGGAGAUAUUCAGAAGGUCAGGCGCGGGUCAUAUGCCAAAUGUCAUCACCAGCACACAUCUUCAUCACAACAACAGCAGCAGCAGCAAUCAAAUUAAUUCACAACCCGCCGCCGCCGCCGUCGCCAGCCAUGCGGAGAGACCGACAGAGCUACUGCGCAGCAGCUCGACCAUUCAGCGUGCCCAGCUCUUGGCCAACAAUGUCUCGCGGCCAGCCACCGCCUGCUCCGGCACCACCAGCUCCAUUGAGGCGGCCAAGCGGCGGCUGCAUCUGCCGCAAGUCACCUUCAGCAAGGAGUCCAUUGUGCCCAUAACGGACAAUCGUCGUCGCUUUUUGCUGCAGUUAAUCUCACGCGAACAGAAUUUCACGGCCGCUUUGCAUUUUGGCGUGCAGCGAUUUGUGCAGCCGCUGCAGGAGCGCAAGGAUCUGAUAUCGCCGAACGAUCAUCGCACCCUGUUCCAGAACAUCGAUGAGCUGCUGCGCAUUGCCGAGGACAUACUGGAGCAGCUGUGCAGCAACGAGCAGGAGCAGGAGCCGCACAUGAACUUCGCCUCACGUGUCUAUUUAUCCAAGACGACGGCAAUCUGUGCGGCAUACAAGAAGUACUGCAAUGGCAUCAAGCGCGCCGACUGCGUGCUGGUGAACAAGUCCCGCCAGACGGGCUCCGAGUUCAUUUCGUUCAUCACGGAGCCCGUGGUGCCGCGCAAGCGUCCCGAUCUCACCAUGUUUAUCCAUCGACCACUGCAGCAUUUUCGCGAAAUAUUGAAGCUCAUGCAGCUGCUGGCCAGCAACUGCCAUGUGGACACCGAGGAGCACAAGAACUUUAGCAGCGUCAUUGGCGAACUGCAGGCGGCCUAUCGUGAGAUUACGGUGAGCAGCGGUCUCAUGGAGCCGCUGGGCGAGGGGCGACCGCUGCUGACGCUGCAGGACUUGGAGUCCCGCAUGGUCUUCACCAAGUGCAAACCCUUCACGCUGGCCGUGCAGGGACGCCAGUGGAUCUUUGGCGGUGACUUGUCGCGCGUCGAGGGACGCUCCAUCAAGCCCUACUGGACGCUGCUCUUCAGCGACAUCAUUGUGUUCGCCAAGGUCAGUCGGGACCGUGUGCUCUUCAUUACCGAGGAACCCAUACCCAUUGCCAACGUAGUCGACUCCUGCUUUCAUAUGCGCAAGAAGACCACCGAAUUUCGUUUGACGGUGGACCCCAACGGACGUUUGGCGGAAAGCCCUACGGGCUACUGUGCGCCGGAUCUCACGCGCACACCCAAGCGUGGAGCCAGACGCAAGAGCCUUAUACUACGCGCCCCAUCGCUGGAGCUCAAAGCGGUUUGGCAGAAUCUUUUACAGCGUCAAAUCUUUUUGGUAAACGCCGCGUUGGGCUCAACGCCGCUAUCCAGCCCAUUGGACUCGCCGGAUGUGCUCAAUACGCUGGUGCCGUUGAGCGACAUUGGGAUGACAUCAGCAUCGAUGGGAUCGAUGAAGCUGCCAUCGCUGGACAGCAUCAACCUGAAGCAGCAGAAACAGCAGGUGCGUCUCUUUCGCAGCAAGCGCCUGGACAGCGGCGAUUCCUAUGAGAAUCUGCAGCGUUUGGCCAGCGCGCUAGUGCCGAUGGCCCACAGCCAGACCCAGACCCAGACCCAGACCCAGAACCAGAAGACUGUGCAGCUCGGCUCGGCGUCGCUGCCGUCGCGCACCAAUUCGCCCGCUCGCCAGACUGUGGCACGCAGCUGCGGCGGCAGCGGUUCCAUGCCCAAUGGCGUAGGCGUGGCAAGUGACAACGCCUUGCUGCGUCGUUACCACACCAAUACCAAUAGCUCUUGUCUGAGCAGCAGCAAUAGCCUGACCCAGACCCAGACCCAGUCACAUACGCAGACAAUGACGCUGACGCAGACGCUGACGCAAGCAUCGCAGGCGCUGUCGCUGGGCAGUGUUAGCAGCAAGUGCCUGACCGCCAUACCCGAGGCCAGCAGCGAGCCGGCGGCAGCGCCAGUGAGCAACUCGAGAAAGCUGCUGGAGUUCAGUUUAAGUUCGGUGGGGCGUUCGUUUAUAGACGAGUCCUCCUCGCUGGUGGCGCAACAAGUGUCGCUGACCACGCCCGAAACGCCCACGCCAAACAUAUCGCCCAGCUCGCAGCGCUGCAACUCCGAUGCCUUCUCCAAUGACUUUGUGCCGCCUGCCCCAGCAACAGCCACAGCCACAGGCACAGCAAUCAUUCCCCUAGCCGAGUUCGGCGGCUCAUGGGAUCUGCUUGAGCUUGAUCUGCAGUUGAAUGAGGUCAAUCUGGAUCCCUGCUAUGACACUGAUGUGGAGGAGUGCAUCUUUCUGGGCGAUGGCAUAGGCGCUGCGGGCGUGGACAAUCAGCUGGACAAUGACAGCGACGAUGACGAUGACGACAGCGUUGUGGUGGACGAUGAUCCAUUCGGCAUGCUGCCCACCAAGCCCACGCCGCCGGACUCGCUGGAUCUGUGAUUUGACUUUUGGCUUCCAGCCGAGCAACUCCAAAUCCAAGUCGAUCCCGAGUCCGGUACCGUAUCCGAGCUCGAGUUCGAGUCCGAGGAUGUCUGUGGCCACCAACACCACCAAAUACUGUAAGUCGAGCUUAGUGCUUAGAGAAAAGCUCCAGCAUUUCGAGUCUGGUCAACCGAAUGGGUUAGCAGUAACAGUAACAGUAACAGAGACAGUAACAUUAACAUUAACAUUAACAGUAACAGAAAACUAACAGCAGAAACGCAACUGUGAGAAUUUUAUGGUCGUAGCAAGAAUUUUUUAUUGUACAAAUUUUUUGAUAAUCAAAUAUGCAUUGAAAUUUUGCACAGCCUAAA